AUGUCGCGCGCUCUUUCCUUCCCGCGUUUCAGCGCUCCUUUGCGGAGGAACUUCCUCGCACUCCUCGUUUCAGCGUCCGUUGCGCUGGGCUUCUUUGCGGGUCCCGUCAUCGCCUUUCGAUCGCCCGCCUCUCACCCCUCUUUCGGCUCAGCGGCAACCUCCAACCGACUCUCGCAAAAUCCUCUUUCGCCAGCUGCGGAGCCAUCGGGGCUGCCCACCCAUACCUUCGUGCGCAUGACGAGGUGUACAUACACCGCACCGGCUCUGGGGCGCCAGGCGCUGCGCCAGGAGGGCGUUCUGGGCGGCUCGGCUCUCUGGGCUGCUCGCCGAGGCUUCGUCGGUGGCAACUGGAAAUGCAACGGCACGACAGCGAAGACGAAGGAACUCGUCGACAUGCUGAACUCGGCCCCAAUCUCCUUUGAACAAGUCGAUGUGGUUGUUGCGCCGCCCAGUCUCUUCAUUUCGCAAGUGCAAGACAGCCUUCGGAAUCCAGGUGUCCAAGUCGCUGCUCAGGAUUCCUCCGCCCAACAGGCCUACGGCGCCUUCACUGGCGAGCUAUCCCCGAAAAUGAUCAAGGAAAAAAACAUUCCGUGGGUGGUUUUGGGGCACAGCGAGCGCCGCGCCGGCUUCGGCGGACAGCCGGGCGAAUCCAACCAAGUCGUGGCGAAGAAAGUGCGCGGUGCGCUCGACGAGGGUCUCCGCGUCAUUCUGUGUAUCGGCGAGACGCUGGACGAGCGCGAAAGUGGUCAGACGCAGAGAGUGUUGAGUGAACAACUCGAGGCUGUCCGGCUCGCCGUUCCCAACGAACAAGACUGGAAAUCGAUCGUCAUCGCCUACGAGCCUGUGUGGGCGAUAGGCACCGGGAGAACGGCGACCGCUGCCUUGGCACAAGAAACACAUCGCGACAUUCGCAACUGGUUAGCCCGCGCGGUGUCCCCGGCAGUGGCAGAAGCGACGCGUGUGAUCUACGGAGGCUCUGUCAAGGGCAGUAACGCGAAGGAGCUGUUUGCUGGCGAAGACGUCGACGGGUUCCUCGUCGGCGGUGCCUCGCUGACUGGCGAUUUUGUCUCGAUUAUUGACGCGGCGAAGCGAGAGGGGGAGACUUCCGCACAGACACCACGGCCGCUGCGUCUGUACAGCGUUCAUCCUGAGACAUGA